CUAGCGGAAAUAACGCAUGAGGACAAAUAGAUUGGAAGUUUACAAACGUCAAGUGUAAGCUAACAAUUUGUUAGCUAUCGUUUUGUUUAAUUUCAUCCCUACUAUUAAAACCAACAAAGACGAGACAUGGUUUGUGAAAAGUGCGAGAAGAAGCUGGGAAAGGUCAUCACUCCUGACACCUGGAAAGAUGGAGCGCGAAAUACCACAGAGAGUGGCGGACGUAAGCUAAAUGAAAACAAGAUGCUGACUGCAAAGAAAGCCAGGUUUGACCCUUACAGUAAGACAGGCUUCGCUACCUGCAGGAUCUGCAAGAGCUCAGUUCAUCAAUCUGGAUCGCACUACUGUCAGGGCUGUGCCUAUAAGAAAGGAAUCUGCGCGAUGUGUGGAAAGAAAGUUUUGGACACCAAAAACUACAAACAGACAUCUGUGUGAAAGCAAAUCAAAUGUAAAGCACAAAUAUGAGAGAAGAACCAGUGGGAUGGUGUGAAGUGUUUGACAUGCUAUUGCAUAGUUAAGUUUUUUUUUUUACCUUUUUGCUUCACAUCUACAAGGAUGAGGGUGAAACCAAGAUAGGGCUUAUUAUUAUUAUUAAAUUAAGCCUCUGCAGAUAUCGCAGCGGCCAUAAACAGGCAAGUACUGUUGUCUCCUAAUGAACCACCUGUUAUCACCUAUUCCCAGGGCAAUUCCGCUAUAUUUUAUGUACAUUUUACAGUCUGUAGUUAGAUUAGGAAAAGGUUUGUUGUUGUUUUUUUUUUAAAAUUGAUUUCUGUAUGUAUUAUAUGAUCUGUUAUAUUUUUUGAGUGAAUUAAAACAUCCAACAUCGUGACUGG